ACGAGGCCGGAGACGAAGAGACCACUCAGGCGACAGCACAAGAAAAUAACGAUGCGUCUCCGAAUGCGAGUGCUUCUAAUGACGAGAUGUUCCCGUGCAUUUGGUGUACGGCGCUCCGUCCUUCAGAAACCCUUCUUGAGCAAGCGCAGGGGCCCAUUGGUCGCAGCAUUAAUUCUCGAAGCUUGGUUCAGACCAGGCAUGAAACGGUACCUCGGUCCAUUCGGCAUUCGGUGAAGGGGAGAAGCGACUUGAUUAUAGUAGACUCGACGUUCACAGAGUGGAAGAACAAGAAACACAAUCUUAUUUUGAGCGUGGUCAUCGAAGCUGGUGGAAGAUACGUCCUCAAGCUAAAUCCCUACAAUCCUAAAAGCCUUCCUCCCGAUGCUGACCCAACGUAUGAUAUUUUGCACGCGAAUACCCACUGCAUCAUUUUUGGAAGAUCUCCGCUAGCUGGAGAAAAGACGGACUGCUUUUUCUGGACAACUCAAAGCCGCACUAGAACGAACAAUUUCGAGUGCGAAUUUGUUUGGGAACACUAUUGUAGAUUCCCUACGGAGGUCCCAUAUGAAGGCAGCGAUUGUGUGUAGCUUUGUGAU